GCGCAUGCUGAACAUUUACGCGCCAUUUUUUGCUUCGGGAAGACAGAAGAUUUCGUCCAGCACGUAAAAUUACCAAAAACUUACUCGUUUUCAUACGUAUGAUAUUUGCAUGAGCUUGAGGUGAUUAUUGACGAUGGGGGAAGCAUUUGAGCAGGCCAAACCGCGGGUGAACGCGUCCAUGUUGCCGCAGCACAUCGGGAAGUUCGUCUGUCUGCUGGGGGAAGUUAUGGACGUGGAUCCAAACGGUUUGAUGUUUGCAGUAAAGACAAGUGACGGACAGCGGGUACAGAUUAACCUACCAGAACCGCUAGAGGAGAUGGUAUCAGGAACGGUGGAGAUUGUCGGGGAGGUGACCAACAACUGUCAAGUCACCUGUCAGAGCUACAUCCUGUUUGGGGGAGACUUCGACAUGAACUUGUAUGAUGAAGCCAUCAAGCUGGCAACGGAACACAGCAAAUACUACCCACUCUCUGAGAGCAGUAACUUCUAGGACACACAGAACUGUUUGGACCAUUGUGAACCAUGCACUAAGUGCAAGGACAUUACAUUGAAUAUACCUGUAAAUUGAGACGAUGAAAACCUGCAAUUUUGUUACAGAUUUGACUAAAAUACAGAUCUUUUAUGGUAUAGUGAUAUCAAAAGAUAGGGUUGGUAAGGGGGAAACAAAAGAGUACUUUAAGAAACGCUAAGUGUCUGUAAUACUGUUUAUUCAAAAUGUGUUGAAAAUUUUUCAUGGAGUCACCACAAAAGCAUAUUUUACUGUUAUAUGACUUAUUGUUUGUAUUUUGAAUUCAAUUCAAAGUGUAAGGUGUGAAUUUAUAAGUCAAAAUACUAAAGUCUUUCAAUUAUGAGUCUGAAAACAAAGAAAACACAAAGACUUUGGUCAGUUCAAUUCUGACAUGGGCUUAACCAGUUUUAUUGCUCAUAUUAUCUCUGUACAUCUAUCACUACACACUAUUCUAUCUAGCAGAUUUGACAAAAUAGCUCUUUUUGUAUAUCUUCUUGUAACUUGAGAACCUACAGUCUUCCACAGUAUAUAUUAUACAUACCUUACCAUCUGUUACAGUGCUUGCUUGUUGGUCUGAUUUCUUAGUUAUAGCCCAUGUUAUAACUACACAGAAAUCCAUAUAGUUGUCAGUGUAGAAUUGUGUAACACAGCUUUUGCUACAUGUACAUUCUUUCAACGAAAUACAUUUCGUCACUACAUCCUUU